UGUACGCUCACACCUUCCUCUGUACUUGCCAUGGCUGGAGAAAUAAUUUAUGCUGAUUUAAAAAUUCCUGGAGCCAGUUCCUCUUCAAGGCCACCACAACGAUCUCAGCACCUCAGUUCUUCUCCAUGUCCCUGGUGGCAUCGCAUCGCUGUAGGGAUCGGAUGGGCUGGGAACAUUGUCCUGACAAUAGCUGUGAUAGCACUGGGAGUUUGGGUUUCCCAGUUGCAUGUCUCUUGUGAAGGACAGAUCAGAGGAGCUCUGAAUACAUCGGAGAAUAAUGAAGCACAGUGCUCCUGCCAAGAGGAUUUCCAGUCUCGCCUGAAAUCAAUUCUUUGUGAACCCCACAAUGGCAGCUUGGCAGAGAGCUCCGGGUGCAAACUGUGCCCCAGGGACUGGCUGCUGCGUGGGGACAAGUGCUACUGGCUGUCUAAGGAGCGUAAAAACUGGACUGGGAGCCGUGAUGACUGCUCAGGGAAGAGCUCUUACAUGCUCGUGAUCCAGAACCAGGAGGAGAUGGAGUUCAUACAGAAUGUUACACAAGGUGCAAGCUAUGCCUGGAUUGGACUUAAAGUGACAUCCCCAGAGGGGGAAUGGACCUGGGUGGACGAUUCCCCGUUAGAUCCAAUGCUCUUCUCAGUCUCAGGCUCUGCUGAAGGGAACAGCUGUGGCUGGAUAGGAGACAGCAAGAUUCAGUCUGAGACAUGUGGUGCUGAGUUCAAAUGGAUCUGCCAGAAAGAAGCUACCAUGAUAUAGACAAUGGAGUGGAAGCUCUGUAUUUGCAUUUCUGUAACAUGCAGUCCCCUGCAUUUGGGCUCAUGGGGCUGGAUUGUAGUUUUAGGCAGAGCUCUAAGUUGGAGGCAGAGCAGAGGCCUGGGAGGUGCUGGAACUCAGGUGCCCCUCACUGUCAGUUCCUCCCCUCAGUCCUUCUCACUGGGCUGAGGUCUUGGGGUGUAAUUUAUAACAUCCCCCAAACCUGCAGUAAGUUACUACCCUAUGCUGCUUCCCAGGGUAUCCAGGGCUGGGAGGUGCCUCACCACUACCUGCCCUUUGCCUGAAGGAUCCUUGUCUUUACCUGCCAGGGGCAAGCUCCCUAACUCCACUGGUCCCACACAUGCUCACUGCUGGGCCUGCAGUCACUGCACGGUAGCAAUACGCCCACUCUGCCCUCAAGCCCUCUGAGCAACCCCCUGGUGCAUUCAGUCCUUGUCUUUGUUCUUAAAAAGGACAGCCCCCUGCUGUUUGCAAAAUCCACGAAAGAGGAUAUUUACAGGAUGAAACAAUCUCUCAAUUUGAACCUGAUUCACUAUGCAAAUAGGCAUCCAGCUACAGGUAUACACAAUACACAGCUGACUAGACAAGGAGAUAACCUCAGUUACCACCUGCCUGAAAAGAACAUUUGAGGUACAUCACCUCCUGGUGACCUGCCUUAACUGCAGGGCCUUAAGGGCAUCAUUCU